CACUCUCUUGCCAGUCAAAUGUGCCUGUGAACACUGACACAGUCCUUCGUUGCACACUUUUGAUGGCCUCUGCAACUUCAACCUGAUGUGCUUCCCAUCGAUUUGAGCAGCAUUCAAGUCCACUUCAGGCUGCUACUGUUGGCAGCAGUCAUGUCCGGCAAACAGUACCCACUGGGCUACGACCCGCAGAUCCUGUCAGUGCUGUACGCAACAGAGAACCGGCUGCGGACACGAUGGUUCUUCAAGAAUCUGCACCUACUGCAGCAGAUCAUCGCAGAUGCCCCUCGUCUGGCUGAAGGUGAGGCAGACCGCCGCCUCAGAGAGCUGCAGCAGCCACAGCUACUGCAGUUGCGCACCAGGCCACGCUUCCUCAAAACUGUGCGCAGGCCACCACCACCUCUGCCACCCCCGGACCCUGAGGUUCAGCUGGACUCCAUGCGGCCACCAUCACCACGCACCAAACAACUCAUAUACUCCCAGACUGGACCAUAUGAAUAUCUGAAAGCCAGAUGCGCAAAGCCCCCAAAUCAUCGGUAUUAUCUUCCUGAGACAACUAACUUCAGUUAUGGGUGGCAAAGCGACGAACUCUAUGCACGUGUGUACAACCCACCUUACGGGCGCAGCACACAAAGUACUCAACAACUAUAUCGAAGGCAGGGAGUCAAACCCGAUUCUCCAUCGAUCAGACCAGCUUUUAUCUUCGUACCUCUUGAAAAACAUUACAUUUAGAAUUGGUGUAAGACAUGAAGGAACACUGUCUAACCUCUUCUCAAUUAUCAAAUUGUAGUUCAAAGGUCAACACUACAAAGAAUGUAGACGAGGAAAAAAAUUUAUUGUGAAGGAAUAUUACGACGACAAGGAAAAUAUUAUUUAAAUUAAACAGGGCGUUUAGGCAUUGUAUGUUUUACUAACUUUUCAAUGAGUACAAUAAAUAAAGAGAUGAUCACACAUAUUACGACGACAAUCACAAGUUACAAUAAUGUCUUUGACAUCAAAGGAUUGGCAGAAAAUAAUGACAAAUAAUACUGUUCGCUACACUGUUUGCUUUUCUUGACAAUGUCUGUCACAUACAUUCCUUUAGCAGAAAUGCAAAAAUGAUUUUCUGGUCCUUUAAACACCAUAUUAUCACAGUUUGUUACAUAACAAAGAGAAUAUGUCUUUCCAAGGAUACCUUGCAUACAAUCAUCUUUUUUAAAAAAUACAUCUUACAUUAGGAACAAAGAAAUUCAGAUCUAAGGACACAUCAAAUAAUUACAGGUAUAAAGACAAUAAUGAUGCAUGUAUAGUACAAUGAUUUGAGAGAUGGUAAAUGACAGAGAACAUGAAAUGAGAAAAAUUGUUCAUACCUCACAACUGAAUUACAAUAGUCAACUAUCACAUUAUUGUCCUCCCUCACUCAUUCAGCCACAGAAUUGAAAAAUUGUACUUGGAGCCACAAUUAUGUCAAAAUCAAUGAUUGUUGUCACCAAGCACUACAAGGCAGAGUACACAAAGGGAGCUAAAAGCCUGCAUAACUGGUUUGCUUAUGAAUAAAUUGUAUA